GCGAAGCGCUGUGAUGGGAGGGGGAGGCAGGGCCAAGAUGGCGGCGCCCUGUGGGCCGGAGGAGCCCGGAGUGGUAAACAGCUGAGGGGAGGAGAGGGAGAGUCUGGUAGAAAGACCUCAAUGAAGAACUUCCUGAAGUUUUAACCUCCACAUUCAUGUCAGUACGUGCAUCAUGGCACAGCAAGGAAAUGUUGGUGAGCUCCUCUCAAUGCUGGAUUCUCCAAUUCUGGGUGUCCUGGAAGAUAUAACAGCUGCAUUCAAAGAUAAUCUCAUUUGUGACCGUGGGCCUAUGCUUGUCAACAACCUUGUGGACUAUUACUUGGAAACCAAUUCUCAGCAGGCACUGCAUAUUCUGUCCACUCUGCAAGAGCCUCAUGACAAGCAUCUACUGGACAAAAUUAAUGAUUAUAUGGGCAAAGCUGCUACUCGUUUACCCACCCUCUCUCUGCUGGGACAUGUGAUAAGACGACAACCAUCUUGGAAACACAAACUUUCUCAAGCACCUCUCCUGCUUUCAUUGCUUAAAUGUCUCAAGACUGACACAGAUGUAGUAGUACUCACCACAGGUGUCCUAGUGCUAAUAACCAUGUUGCCAAUGAUUCCUCAGUCUGGCAAACAGUACCUUCAUGAUUUCUUUGGUAUCUUUGGGCGUCUCUCAGCCUGGUGCUUGCAGAAUCCAGGUCAUGUGGCAGAGAUUUAUCUUGUCCAUCUUCAUGCCAGCGUUUAUUCUCUCUUUCAUCGUCUUUAUGGAAUGUAUCCUUGCAAUUUUGUCUCUUUUCUGCGCUCUCACUACAGUAUGAAGGAAAACCUGGAGACCUUUGAAGAAGUAGUCAAGCCAAUGAUGGAACAUGUGCGAAUUCAUCCAGAGUUAGUGACUGGAUCCAAGGACCAUGAACUGGACCCACGAAGGUGGAAAAGACUAGAAACUCAUGAUGUUGUGAUAGAAUGUGCCAAAAUCUCCCUGGACCCUGCAGAAGCCUCGUAUGAAGAUGGUUAUUACUCUGUGUCUCGGAAACUCUGCACAAGCUUAAAACAUCAUCAAACUGACCCCAGUGCCAGCUCUUACAUUGACACACAGAGCAGCUAUGGGACUUCUACCCCAUAUUCCACUCCUCGGCUGACACUAUCACAAAUGCCAGGACAGCUACCUCAGAUUCUGAGCCCACAGUCCACGAGGCUGUCAACUGAGCCACAGCAGGUCACCAUCUGGAGCCCUUCUGCAGUGUGCGGUAUGACCACGCCACCAACAUCCCCCGGUGUUGUCCCAUCAGAGUCAUCCCAGUCUGCAUCACAACCCUACAGCAAAGCUUUUGGCACAUCUGCAGGGGGGAAAGGAACACCUUUGGGAACACCAGCCACAUCUCCUCCACCCUGCACUUCAGAUGAUUUUGUGCAUGUUUCACUCCCUUCAGUUGCUGCCACACCUCCUAAAAAGGAGGACAAACCAGAUUCUGGGAGGCCUUUACUGUACCGACAGCAAAAUGUCAUGAACAGCGAUAAAUCAUUGGACAUACCCAGUAGUAAAAGUUCAGUAACCCUAAGUGAUCUUGCAGAGUUUUUAGGUGGGUUGUCGUUUGAAGAUAGUGCUGAGAAGGACAGAGAGGAAGAUGCAAUAUCUAAAGAGAUCUCCGAGAUCACGACCGAUGCUGAACACAUGGUGCCUAGAGGAGGAUUUGACUCCCCGUUUUACCGCACAAAUGAAAGUCUGUCAGGCUCUCAGAAGAAGACCCACUCAGCAGCCUCCAGUGUUCAGGGACACAGUCAGACCUCUGAGCCUUUAACAUCUCUGGACAAGCCUGGGCCUGAGGGUGCACGGGAAACACCCAAACAAACGUUUACUCCCAUAGACAAGCCCUGUGGAGGCUGUGGGGAAAGCCCUGCUGGGAACAGGGAAGGAACCUCUGCGGAGCCAAGUAUUCUCACUCCCAGCCCUUGUAAAGUACCAGCACAAAGGAGAGUGGUAUUUGGGAGUGGGCAGCGUCCCCUCUACGAGCACCUCUUUGAGGUUGCAUUACCAAAGACUGCCUACCUCUUUGUUGGCAAGAAGACUGAAGAGCUGCUAAAGAAAGCCAAGGGAACCCAGGAUGAAGACUGUAUGUCCUCAACUUCUCCCAUGGAAGUGCUGGACAGGCUGAUUCAGCAAGGAGCAGAUGCACACACUAAGGAGCUGAACAAAUUGUCUCUGCCAAGCAAAUCUGCUGACUGGACUCACUUUGGAGGUUCUCCCCCCUCAGAUGAGAUUCACACCCUGAGGAACCAACUGCUUCUGCUGCACAACCAGCUGCUGUACGAGCGCUUCAAGAGGCAGCAGCACGCGCUGCGCAACCGCCGGCUCCUGCGCAAAGUCAUCAAAGCCACGGCUCUGGAGGAGCACAACGCUGCCAUGAAAGAUCAGCUGAAACUGCAGGAAAAGGAGAUCCAGGCCUUGAAACUGAGUCUGCAGAAAGAACAGGCAAGGUACCACCAGUUUCAGGAAGAACAUGAUAAUAUUGUGGCUCAGCUUCACAGCCAGAUCCGACAGCUGCAGCAUGACCGGGAGGAAUUCUACAACCAGAGCCAGGAAUUGCAGACCAAGCUGGAAGACUGCAGGAACAUGAUAGCAGAUCUGAGGUUAGAGUUAAAGAAGGCAAACAACAAGGUGUGUCACACUGAAUUGCUGCUUAGCCAAGUUUCUCAAAAGCUUUCCAACAGUGAAUCAGUGCAACAGCAGAUGGAGUUCUUGAACAGGCAGCUGCUGGUUCUUGGGGAGGUCAAUGAGCUGUACCUGGAGCAGCUGCAGCACAAGCAUACAGACACUACAAAGGAGGUUGAAAUGUUGCACGCUGCUUUUCGGAAAGAACUGGAGAAAGCAAAGUUGUGUGUUCAGCAGCAAAGCCAAAGGCUGGAUGCUUCCCAGAAAAGGAUAGCUGAACUGGAAUCUCAGCUUGCAAAAAAGGACCACCUCUUCCUGGAGCAAAAGAAAUACCUGGAAGAUGUUAAAAUCCAAGCAAGGGGUCAGCUGCAGGCAGUAGAAAGCAGGUACAAGGCCCAGAAGAGAAUCACCCAGGCAUUUGAGCUGGAGAUCUUGGAUCUGUUUGGGCGGCUGGAGAAGAACAGCCUACUGAAAAAACUUGAAGAUGAUAAAACAGAAGCAGCUGAAGCAGCAGAAGAAAGGCUGGAUUGUGGUAAUGAAGAUACAGCAGGACACAGUGAAGAAACACUGGGUAGAAAUGGAGAGACCAAACCUCCCAGCACCCGAGGCAGCAGUAGCAGUAAAGGGAGCAGCAGCAACGAGCUCUCCACCUCAGAAAAGCCCCAGAACCAGAGGCUGAGCAGUCGCUGGGAGACAUCCGUGUUGCUGGAGCCCUCAACUACUGUCCCACUGACUGUAGGUUCACUCCCCAGCUCCAAGAGCUUCCUUGGAAUGAAGGCACGAGAAUUAUUUCGCAACAAGAGUGAGAGCCAGUGUGAUGAGGAGGGGAUCACCAUCAACAGGCUGUCUGACACCCUAAAGACUGAACUAUGUAAAGAUCCAAGCAUGGAGUCAAAGGCCCCUCCAAGCCCUGAUAACCUCUCACCUAAGCUCCAGGAAAGCAGUGUUGGACAGCUUCAUAUCAUGGACUACAAUGAGACUCAUCAUGACCACAGUUAAAGAGGAAGAUAGUCAAUCAGUGUUAUUUUCAUAUUCUUGGCAUAGAACAGGAGGCGUGAGUGUGAGUUUAACUAAAAGCUUUUAUGUUUCUUUGGUCUGAGUAGUGGUUCAUGCAGCGGAGCAGGAUCGAUGGCCAGGAACGGAAGGAGGCUGCUGAAUGAAUGCAAAGUGGAUUUUUGGGUCUGGAAUUGAAAAUGCCCAGCCUAACUCUUGCUUCUUUCUCAAAUUCAAUCCUUAGUAGCGUGUACUAAUUUGAACGGACAACUGUUAGCAUUUGCAAGUAUUUUUUCCCUUUCUCCCUGUCCCCAGUUGAGUGGCUGCAUUUAUGAACUUGAGUGCAAUAUGAGGCCAAAUUAACAUUUGUGAGUUUACUCUGAACGCUUUGUAUUUCUUUGCAAGCUUCCCAUUUAAAGCAGUUGGUUGUACUGCCUGUCCAGGUGACUUCGGUUCCUUUCAUCCUGGAAAGAAGCAGCACUAGGAUUUCCAGUGCAUUCUCUAUUUUUGCCUGUCCACUGUCCCAUAUCCCUCAGAGCCCAGCCUUCAUUAAGUUGGAAUCUGAUUGAAUACCCAAGUGUUUAAAGAACAUUGUACCUCUGCAAAAUGAUUCAUUCACCCCAAUUCAUGAUCAUUGUUUAUAUUGUCCUUAACAUUUCCUGGGAAGUUACAUUUGAACAGACAAAAAGGAACUGGAGCUUGUAAUGCAGAAGAGACCAUAAAUGCUGAAGACUUGUUAAAACACCAGCUUCAGAUCUUCUUGGUGUUUGAAGUGUUUGCCUGACAGACUGUGAUUAACCUCACACUGGUUCAUAUGGGAAAGCAGUUGGGGUGGGAGAAGAGGGAAGAAGAAGCUUUACUCAAGUAGGGAGAGGAUGCAGAACAUGGAGAUAGAAUUCCAAGCUUAUGAAGAACUGCAGAGGAGGAUUUGCUUCUCUAAUCAGGGAAAUGUGCUGCCUCACCCUCCUUCAUAGUUCUGCUCUUUGGUCCUGGUCUAAGCAGGACCACCAUGUUUUGAGUCCAAGAAAUUGGAUUUGUUCUUCCUGGGAAUGCCUUUUCAGGUUGGCUUGGAGAACACGGUUUCCUUUGAGUGCCCUCCUACUCAGAUUGCAGCACGUUUUUGAGUUCAGCAGUGUCAGUUUGACUCUAGGUCAAAGGGUCUCCCCUUCACCCUCAUCCUACUUCCUUAAAUGAUAAGGCUGAGGAGGAGUCCUGCUUACACUGAAAUCAGAAUCCUGGCAUGAAGCCUUUCUGUGUUAAUCACGUUUUAAGUCAAUUGUGAGCCUUCUGUGAAGGAGGAUUGUGUGAUCAGGGCUUGUCAGUGGCAGACUCAAUCUCCUUCGUGACAGAACAGGGCCUGCUGUUAGGAAGGCAGCGCUUGUUUUAAAUGUCCCACGUGGCUGGGUCCAGGUGUACUCAGACGGUUCAGGCUUCACACUUCCCUUGCAUCACACGUGGCCUCUUCUAAACAUUCUGUGGGUGGCAGCUGCUGUUUAAGAACCACCUCACAUAGAAAUCAAGUCCAAGCACACUUGCAUUUGUAGUUCACAUCCCUUUUUAGCCCGGGUGGGAACGAGGCUGUCGGAGCAGUUGGAGCUCAGCUCAUUCCUGGCAGGACUCAUCCUCCCAUUCCCGCCUCCUCCGUAACUCCAAGGUCUGAAUACAUUUCUGUCUGUCUUAAAUUAUUCUCCGUGUCCUUUCAGUUGGUCAGUCCAAACUCUGAGAGUAGAGGUGAACUUCAGUGGUUGUGUCAAAGCUGACUCUGCAUGGAGUAGAGAGUAGAGAGUUGGUUGUAAGUGACAGCCUGGUUUUGUCGGCGUCUUUAGGCUUUCUCAGACGUAGUGGUAGCAAACGUGGUAGCACAUGUUUCAGUAAGAUUUGGAGGUUUCCUGCCCCUUUCCCACUGGAUGCCAGCCCAGGGAGUGAACAGUUUGCACACAAAGGGCCUGAUGGGCCAGCUCAGCUGGGAAUAUUGGAGGAGCUCAUUCCCAUCCUGCUCUGCUGAACCCGGAUCUGGUGUUCCCAGGAAAGGCAGGUUUUGUGUCAGUCACAGAAAUGCCCUGGCAGCAACGCAAGCUCUUUGAUAAAGUGGCUUUUUUUUCUUCUUUUAAACAAGAUUUUAACACCAGGAUAGUAAUGGAAACCACUUUAGGUUUGUUUAUGGACCACAAAGAUUAUGGAGGAACAAAUUUUGCAAUUUUCUUUCCUAAGUCUAAAAAUCAUGGAUCUGCUGUAUGUAGUUAACUUGCAGUUUGUUUGAAGGGGUCCCAUCAAUGAAGUGGAAACAGAUUUUUUUAACUGACUGCUUUUAGUUAAAUCUAAAAUUGCUGUCUUUGUCAAGUUAAUCUGUUCCCUGCCUCGCUCUUUGUAAGCAUGUUAAACAAUCCACAUUAAAUGCCAUAAAUAUGAAAUAUGAGGAAAUGGUACAAUCGUAAGCUAAAGAGAACUUAAACCAAAAGGAGGUUUUGCUGUCCUUAUUAGAAUGUUCUAAAAUGUCAAGGCAGUUGCUUGUGUUUAACUGUGAACAAAUAAAAUGUAUUGUUUUGCACUA